CCUUUGAUUUGUAUACGCAAACUUUAGCUAUAUUUUGCCUAGGUAGCCUUAAAUGCGAAUUCAGGUUUUCAUAGAAAAUUGAAUAUACGGACUAUGAGCCCUUACAUAGUGAGCAUAUGACAUGGAAAACAGUAAUAUCGCAUUUAUUGAAGGCGAAAACAUGAUCUUGUGUGAAGCUGAUAACUCUACCUCUACAGAGUCCACCAUGCAAAAUGAGGAGACUAUGAUGGAAAAACCAAAUCAACCGAUGGAUAUCGAGGAGGAAAGGCGGAAAUGACGAUGACGUUCUGGUACCGUUGAGAACUUUGAUGGAUAUUGAUAUGGUGGGACCGGACCACACGCUAUCCACAGAAACGGCUUCACCCACCUAAAAGUUCUACAGAUGAUAUAUCCACUUUUGCUGAAUAUUCCAAUCAAUGCAUUCAUCCAAAGUGAGAACAAAAGUGUGGGACUUCCCUUAACCUCAAAACGGAAAUUCGCAAAUAACUCUAUGUAAAACUCUCGAG